AUGGCGCCCCUAGUGAUAGCAUUUUUCUACGAAAGUUUCUCCCUCUAUCGUUCCCGCGGCUACAGCGUUGAGGACUGUGUAGAGUUGGACCAGGACCAAACCAUCGAAGCCGUUGCCCAAUCCCUCCGAAGCAAUGGCUACGAAGUCGUCCUGGUAGGUGAUGUUAAAGAAUUGGUGAGCAGGAUUGCCAAUGGAGAACAUGAGCUGUGGGAUCUAGCCUUUUCAAUCUCUGAGGGGAUAUAUGGGGCUGGCCGUGAAGCUCAAGUGCCUGGACUACUGGAGGCGUAUCGCAUUCCGCAUGUGUUGUCAGAUGCGGCAACGUUGGCUUUGUGUUUGGAUAAAGGGAAGACAAAGAUGAUUCUCGAGCACCACGGUAUCCCGACUGCACCCUUCGCCAUUGUCCCGGCAUUGUGGGAUUCCUAUGAUCCCAUUAUAAAAACAGUCUCGCAGCUUGUGGAAAGAAGCGUCCAUGCAGAGGAAUUGAAAGACUUCCCGCUCUUCAUCAAACCAGCCUGUGAGGGAUCCUCAAAAGGGAUCUACCCCUUCAGCAGAGUGACCUGCCCCUCCGAACUCGAGGCCGGUGUCAAAAAGCUCCAGUCGCAAUUUUUCGGACAGAGCAUCCUGGUGGAGAAAUAUCUGACUGGAAACGAGUACACGGUCAGUCUGCUGGGGACGGGCAGUUAUGCGAAAGUCCUUGGCUCGCUCCAAAUCAACUGGUCGAAUCCAGUCGACGGCGGUUUCCUCACCAUCUCCAAUAAGAACGAGGAAGGGAAUGAUCACCUGGAGCAAUUGGUGGAUGCUCACAAUAAUCCUGAGGUUCAGGCCGCUGAGGAUCUUGCCCUGCGGGCAUGGAGGGCGCUGGAGUGUUGCGAUGUUGGACGAGUAGAUGUUCGAUUCGGGGCAAAUGGAAAACCGUAUGUUCUGGAACUCAAUCCACUGCCUGGGUUGCGUCCGCAAUGGUCUAACUUGGUAAAAACCGCAGAGUACCACGGUAUCAGUCAUAAAAUGCUCUUGGGGAGAGUUGUUGAUAGCUGCUUGCAAAGAUAUCCGGAUUUGCGCCAGAAACGAAGGGACAUGUAA